UAAAAACGUGAUACGAAUUUACAGAAUGUACAAAGUGCAAAUCGAAUUGCUAUUGAGAAAAAAAACGCGAACACGUUGAAUGGAUUCUGUAUGUCGUCAACGAUAAAUGUCAAAAUACGCACUAUAUCGCCAUCUCGUGUUCGCAGAGUUUGAGCUGGCAUGUCACGUUUGACAGUAAUCAACCGGCUUUGUUUACAGAACGGUACAGUUCCAAUUGCUAACCACGGCGUAAAAUCGUUCGUUUUCCUCGUUCUGUUGUUGUUUCUGCAAGUAAAACGAUCGUUCGAAACAAGAAACUGAGAUAAUAGUUGCUCAAAACGACACUGCCGUUCUAUUGCUAGCAUACAUGUGAACCCUUUUAUCAAGGAACGAAUAGGCGAAAGAUUGUGCAAAGCCCCAACCUCGUUCAAAACCACAAACGCUGAUGCAAUUCUGAGUCGUACAUUCUGGAAGCAUCUUGUGUGUAUGUGAUUUGCGUGUGUAAGAGUGGUUGGUAUCGAUAGCAAUAGUGUUUAGUGCGUAAAUUCAGCAUCCUUCGGCAACAGUCAUUUACCUUUCGAUGUAAAAAGCAACAACUGCCCCACCGAACCCAUAGCGCCAGGCUGGUCAGUACUUGACAUGGCUGUAUAAACGCCGCUACCGUAGUGUGAUGUAUGCGGCGUAAAGCUGUGUGAGAGAUGGGUCGUAUGAUAAUUACGAUUUCACCAUACGGCGCCCCCUUCGGACGAGGGACACUGCACGGUUGUAUUUUCUUUUAAUCUUUGUUUCCAAACCAAAACAGCCGAUCCGAUUUGGCAUUCGCGGUAACGCAACGGGUACGAGCAUUCUUCUGCCCUAGAGUCGCGAAAACAGUUUCUUCGUCGGCAUUCUCAGUUUACGUGCUCGGUCGCGUACUGCAUUACUUGCAUUACUCACGCAAACGACGGCAAGAUCGAACCGUGUAGUUCCGUUUGCUUGCGCUGACGGUGUGCGUUGGGGAGUGUGUAGCAGAAAAGUUUCACUAACUUGAUGUGUAUAUUUUCCUUUCUUCGUGUGGCUGUUUGUGCAAAUCACAACGCAACGAAGAAGACAGAUUAGCUGGCUCCACACCUGGAGGAUGACGUCGUCGUCUUGCGGUGGUCAUUUGUUUUAGUUUCGGUUAGUUUGUGCGUGAGUGCUACUUAGGUAUGGUGCAAGGUGCAUAAUUAAACUGGCCUGAUAAAGAGUGCAAACGUAAAACGCAAGCUAACGUCGUCGGACUGCGUACGAGUGUGUGGGGUUACAUAUUGUAAGCUUGUGGUGAAUCAUACACAUCAGCCACAACGCGUACGGUGGUAUGUAUGUCCGCGGUGGGCUGCGACAUACGCGGAACAAAAGUGCUGCUGGCUCGUAAAGAGCGAAUACAUUAACCGGUUGGUUUGCUGAUGUUAAAGCGACGAACCUCUUGCCCCUUUGGACGAAGUAGGCACAGCUGAAAAAAAAAACAAUCGGUGCGUGUAUAUCCGUCUGUGUGUUAUACCGUGGUGUUGCCUGUGCGUAGCGAAAGCUUUUUCGUCAGUGAGUUGUUGACAUACAAAUUAAGCAAAAACUAACAGGUAUUUCACGCUCAGAGAAGAAAAAAAAAACAUACAAACACAUACGCUAAGCAUCCAAAUAUAGGCUUUCGUCUUCGUCAGCCAAAGAAUACAGUGAAGGUGCGUGGAUUGUUCGCCGAGUUCGAUGUAUGUGGUAGCAAGCCGUGUCUUGCCAACAUCACCACCAUUGCUGACCGGCAAUAGCAGUUAUGCUCUCGACGAAGAAGUUAUUUACCGAGCAUUUGCUGACGCUCGUGCUCACACUCAGCCUGCUGCGAAUCGAUCCGGAAAACUACCUCGAUCUGCAAUGGGGCGGACGGUUGGCGCGCGUCGGAGACGCGGGUGGCUGGCAGUUGGAGCUGCUGGCCGCCGGUCCGGAUUACUCCAACCAGUCGUACGUGAAUCGUAAGUUUUUACCGCCCAUUAUCGAGGAUCUGUCACGGUUCGAACAGCCGUUCAUCGAGCAGAACCAUCGCGGUUUGCAGACGUACCUGCUGAACGUGCUCGACUCCAACGAUGACAGCACAUCGGCCGGUACGAUCGCGGAAGAACGGCCACCAUCGCCGGUCCCAUCGGUUGCGUCCGGUGGUGGGGGCGGUACGGUACUGCCCGCUGUCCACAAUGCCACCAUGAAUGUGCUGACCAACUUCGAUGUGGACGCUGAAGAUAUAUUCCUAAGUACGAACCUGUUUGAGGAAACGACCUCAGUGUUUGAGCAGAAUAUGGCUGAUCUGAGCGAGUACGAUACGAUCCUGCUGGAGAAUCCGAUGGUCAAGUUUGACGCGGCUGCCAGUAUGCCCGACCUGGAGGGUACCAUUAUGAGAGCAAGGUCACUGAUGAACUCGGCCAGCGAGCAGCACACGGCCAAGCGCUUGGAAGUGAAGGCCGAGCCAGAAAAAGAGGGCGAAGAAGAAAAGGCCUCGACAAGCACUUCGGCCACAGUUCCAGCGUUGCACGGAGAUACGAAAAACACUGAGACCACCAGGGUCAAUAAGACACGUGCGUACGACGAAGAAGAUGACGAUGAUGAAGACGGGGAGGAUGGUCAGGAUAAUAAAGCAGCCAUCCGGCGUCAGAUUAAGGAUCAAAUAAAUACGCAGCAAAAGCAUCUAGUGAGCACGGAUCUGGAUAACGCUGAGGUGACGGUGAAAAAGGAGCCCGAUCUUGCCAACGAUACGGCGAUUGCACCUGCUGCUGUGCCGCAGGAUCUUACACAGGAGGAAAUGGAUCUAAUAGAAGUCCUCUGGAAGCAGGAUGUCGAUCUUGGCUUUACGCUCAGCAAUGCAGCUCUUUCAUCUGCCCCAGAAGGUACAAGCUCAUCGGGAUCGGAGGGAGCAUCUGCCACAAACAUCAAGUGCGAUACUGAGGACGAUUUGGAAAAGCUGAAGGUUUUGCUUGAGAUAAAAAAUGAUAAGAACGCCGACUAUGAAAAGAAUCCCGAAGCUUCGGAUGACAGCAGUCUGGUUGAUCCUUGGGCAGGACUAUCGUACACAAUCGACACGGAAACAGGCGAGUACGUUUUGAACAGUUCGGACAUAGAUAACAGUCUGCCACCACCGUUGGCAGACUUAUUUCUGGAGGAAGGCCUAACGCUACCGGACCUCGGCGAAACAGUGGUGGACACAAUCGACGACGUUCCCUUGGACGACGGCGAAAACGUGAAACAUCAAACCGAGAGUCACGAAGAGCAGGAAAUUGCUGAGGUGCAGCGCAUCGAGCGGGAACUGCAGCGGGUUUCGGUGGAUGAGAAUUGUCUAGGUGCCGCUUCCGGUUCGACGAACGCUGCUGACGGCAACUGUGACGAUACCGGUGAGAACCUCGGCACGGUAAACGAUACGGUCGCGGACACGGCGACGUCCGACGAAGGUCUUGACGAAGACGCACCGGUGACCGAUGAUCUAGAGGAUCUGCUUUGCGACAUGAUGAUACAAACGUCGUCCCACUUUCAACACACGCGCCAGAACACACAAGGCUACGGCCAUGGCGCCAUGAGCAGCUUCCGGCAAACAGCGACGGGGGGAUCUGGUUACCAUCACCACCAUCAUCACCAUCACCAUCAUCAUCAGUCUCGUGUACCGUUGAGUCGAGCAGUUUCGAUGGAACAGCGCUGGCAGGAUUUGGCCAAUCUGCUUAGUUUUCCACCCGGAAUGGGAGUAGGCAUGGGUGUCGCCGAUAUGCCACCGUCCCAUCCGUCGCAUGCACACUACCCAUCGCACUAUCCAUCCUAUCAGCCGAGCGGAGCGAUUGCAGGACCGCAGCAUGGCCAGUAUCACCAUCCGUCGCAUGCUGCCGUGUUGCAGAAUGCAUCGCUGGCCGAUAUAUCACCGGCCCAACCACAUUACGGUGCAAACCUGGGAUCGGCCGUCGCCACCAGCAUGCAUCUUACGAACUCGACGUCCGAAACGGAUGCCGGCACGUCCGGGUACAAAAUGGAUCCUGAGAUGAUGUACUACUCGAACACAUCGUCGGAAAUGAAUCACACCGAUGGCUUUUUGAAUUCCAUUCUGAACGAUGAAGAUUUGCAGCUGAUGGAUAUCGCCGUCAACGAAGGUAUGUACACCAUGCGAAUGCUAGAGCACAAUGGAACAGCCGGAAACAAUGGAGCGUCGGGAAUGUUGGGCGUAUCGGCCGGCGGGGCUUCGAAUCUGGUGAAUCAUGGUGCCCAUCCGCAUCAUCAUCUUUCGCUUAUGUCGUCCGCUAGCGCUACCGGUGCUGUGGGCGGUAAUCUACAGAAUGCCAUGAAUGUUAGUGCACUAGUCAACGGUUCGUCCUCGUCGUCUGCUUCAUCCGGCGCUUCGUCGGGCCUCACCGGAAGUGGUGGUGGUGCCAGCAGUGGUGCUACAGGUGCACUGGCCGGUUCCGGUACGCCGGGCGAUCGGCUCGAUGCGUCCAGUGACAGUGCGGUCAGCUCGAUGGGUUCGGAACGCGUCCCAUCGCUGUCGGAUGGUGAGUGGGGUGACGGUGGCAGUGACAGUGCGCAGGAAUACCACAAUGGGAAGUACGGUGGACCGUACGAUUACAGCUACAACCAAACGAACGGAGGUGGCCCACCGAGUCGGAUGGGUGAACAUGGCACACGGCAGGCACCGCCGGUAGCACAGAAGAAACAUCACAUGUUUGCGAAGCGCUACUUCCAAGAGCAAAACACAACGACGGUACCGUCGAUUCAUCCCUCACCGAACGGGGCCGGUGUUCCGACGGGUCCGAAUACGGCCGCUGGUCAAGCGACGGGGCUGGAUGGUAGUGCGCCUGGUGCGGGUGGUGGAGGCACUGGUGCGACCGGAGGUGUUUUGUUGCCAACGGCGAUCAAGUACGAGUACGAUUACAUGAACGUAGUGGGACCAGCGACAGCAACGAUCGGCGGCCCACUAGACGGUGCAGCCAAGCAGGAAGAUCAUCAAUCGCAUCUGCAGCAUCAUCACAACGGUAGCCACCACGAAUCGUCGGCAGCGGCAGCAGCGGCCGCAGCCGCCCUAACCGACAUGAAGUAUCCGUACGGAAUCGAUUUCCCACGCAGCCAUCACGCAUCGACGAUGGGCCGCACGCUGCAGCCCCAGGAUAUGAUACAUCACAACCACACGUACACACUGCCGUUCGCUACACCGAACGGUGGUACGGCGCAUCAGGGCACCAAGCCACAAACGCGCGACAAAUCACGUUCGCUGCAUAGCCGCAAGGCGGAAGAGGAACAUCUGACGCGCGACGAGAAGCGUGCCCGAGCGCUGCAGAUUCCCAUCCCGGUGCACGACAUCAUCAAUCUGCCGAUGGACGAGUUUAACGAGCGGCUGUCCAAGUACGAUCUGAGCGAAACCCAACUUUCUCUCAUCCGGGACAUCCGAAGGAGGGGUAAGAACAAGGUCGCGGCCCAGAACUGUCGCAAGCGCAAGCUCGACCAGAUCGUUACGCUCGCGGACGAGGUGAAGGACAUGAAGAUGCGCAAGGAGCGGCUGAUGCGCGACCGUGAGAUGGUACUAUCCGAGCACAAGAAGAUACGGGAGAAAUUUUCCAUGCUGUAUCGGCACGUGUUUCAGAACCUCCGUGACGCUGAUGGUAAUCCUUACUCGCAGGAACAUUACAGCCUGCAGCAGAGUGCCGACGGUGCGGUGGUACUAGUGCCGCGCAAUUCCGAGCGCCCAACCGGUGGCCCAAACCAUCUGAACAAUGGCACGAAUGGUACGGCGAACGGUGGUUCGCUCCAUCCAUCGCUACACCAUUCCCUAACAUCAUCUGCUGGCACACACGGACACCAUCACGGUCACCACCAUCAUCAUCAUCCUAAUCUGCAUCAACAUCUGCAACAUCACGGACUCCUCGGGGGUUCGUCGUCGAUGGGCGGUGUUGGUAUCACGACCGGUGGUACGAUGAACGGUUCGAUGAGCGGUAGCCUUUCCGCAAACAGCACCAAUGGCAAUAACAGUAGUAGUAGCAGCGGUGGUGGUAGUGGAAAUGGUAGCGUAACGGCGGGAAGCAGUAUGAAUGGGACAGCAUCGACAACCGCUGCCAUAGUGCAUCAGCGCACGAAGGAGUAGUGUCUUCUCCGGUGUUGGAGAGAUGCUACUUCAAUUGGUUUGAUUGCUUGCUUCUGCCGCGCCCAUAAAUGAAGGAAAGAGCGGAAAUUGGGAAGCAACCAGGGGUUACGAAGGAAAUAUUGCCCCGCUUGGGUGGAGUAUUGUGGAAAAGAUAUUUCGAGCCUGCAAUAGUUUGCCAGUUCGCCGUAACCACGUGUAUCGUGUCGUACCAAGGCUGGCUGUUCCGCUUGUUAACAACUAGAUGGCAUUGCUCUUCGUCCGGUCAGUCCGCUGGUCUGAGAUCUGGAUAUGGAUAUGGUUCUGAUUCUGUUUUAAAGAAGAAGACGGCAUUUAAAUCGCGUGGAACGAUGGAAGAUCGAACGUGCAGCACUUACAGACGUUACCAUUUAAAUGUAACGCACCGCGUACUUUUAUUAACGCAUUGAUUUGAACGUCAAGGAUGGUGGAAAGUUAAAGGAAAAUGGCUUCUAGUGAGGGAAAUGGGGAUAAAUAUAAUAUUUUCACACUACUGUUAGCCGCAUGCGCAACUAGAAGGAUGGAUUAGCCUUUCACUAGCCUUUUGAGCGCUUCUGUUUUUUUAUUUUUUGAUUCGGUACCCUUCAGUAUAAACAUUUCUGAUGGACACCAACACGUGAAUAUAGUAGCAAAACACACUUUAGUACAGAUUGGUGCUAAACAAAAGUGUACUAAAAAAGUAGCGAUGGGGGCAGCACUUGGGUGUUGUGUUUUUGUUGUGUGUCUUUUGUUUGCAAAGCGCAACAAGGAUUCAAAAACGCAGAAAAAGAAAAAGAUUUUGCUACGAGGUUCUCCAAACCAAAAACCCGUAAGCCUAUUUAUCAUCACGUUAUUAAUGUUAUUAACAAAUUAUCGCUAUUUAUCAGCUUAUCCAAACCUGUACAUACAUUCCCCGCCUAUUCCGCCGUGUACAACAUUGAUUGGAGUUCCUUUCGUUCUGUUUCUGUCCCCUACCCAAAACAAUCAUGCAAGAAAACAAAAAACUUUGCCAAGUUUGCCGAGUUGACCUCAUAGUUUACGAAUGGUAAACUUUGUUUUGGUUGUAAACGUUUUAUCAUGGUACAUUCAGCACAACACAACAACAGUAAAAAAAGGUUUACAGCAAGGGCUAGACUGAAGUAAAACAAACGCACCAUUUGUUGUGGUGUACGGUAUGAAGCUGAAGACAAACAACAAUCUGUGAGAAGCCCUCAGUAUAGGAAGGCAGUAAUGGCAGUUGUAGCACUAGUGCUUGGAAAUAUUGUUUCGUUCACGUACCGUAACGCACGCAACGAAGGGCACGAAGGGGUGCUAAUAGGGACAGAGCGAGAGUGUCUAUCACUGCGAUUGCUAAUGCAAAGCAUAAGCAUUACUGAAAGCUUAAAGCAAUCCGUAUGCAAAUGCAUAUUUGGAAGCAUUAUUGCUGUUGCGGUGCAAGUGCAAUGAGCUGCCGCUGUUGCCGAUGCUGGCAUUAGCUCUAUUUUAAGUACCUUUUCCUACCUAACAUAACAAUUCUGCUGCGACUACUAUUUUUAUGAUGCUGUUGCUGAAUCGUACCGAAACACAGAUGUGAUGGAUAGUUUUGUUUAUUUUUUUUAUUAUUACAUUUAGUAUUAGUUUUAAAUAUUCUGUAAAUAUACAAUUAUACAUUAACAUUAGGGGCAGUAAGUGAAUACAAACCUAGCUUUCCAUACAGUAGCGGUAAUAAGAUAACUAGGGAGAAUGCAGUAUGAAUGCAUCCAGCUGUGUGCAGAGCCUGUAGUAGAAGGUUAAGGGUGAACAAGUGAGACAAGGGAAAUGCAAUAUUGGAAGAAAUUGUAAAAUAAUAUUUCAAAAACACACAUACACACAAGAGGAAAAUAGCUGCAACGAAUAUAAGUUGCUAUUUACUAAACGGUGGGGUUUUUACUUUAGUAGAGCUUUAAUAAUUAAGCGAAUGUAACAAUAACGUUGGGCAAAGGUGGGUAGGUGCGAAUGGUCGCAGAGAGAAAGUACACAAACCAGUAGUAAGCAGAAAGCAUGUAAAAACAAAAGAUGAUCCAUCACCACACUGUGUGUAGUUAUCGGUUCGUUUCGUGGUUUCACUUUGAAUAGCGACGGAUAAAAGGAUAGCAUUUUUGUGUGUGUUUUGCUAGUGAACAUAACUAACAAUGAACUGAUUUUGUUUCGUUCGAGACGCUCUGUUGUUUAUUAUUUUCGGUUUGAUGCACCUAGCGACUUGCAUACAUAUGCGUAUAUAAGUAUAUAUAAACAGCAGGGAAUCAGAAAUUACCAGCAAAACACUGUUGCGCACAUGCGAAACAACAUCAACAAUGAUGAUGUAUGUAGAGCAGGCUUUGCUCAUUACAACGAUUUAUACGCGUUUAAAGUGUCCCCAGAAUAUAUGCAAAUAUAUAUUAUAUAUUACUAUAGAGAGAUGAUGUGAUCCAACAGAUGAGACAGCAUCAUCAUCAUCAUCAUCAUCACACACAAAGGGUGCAAAUGGAUGUUUAGAAGAUUUGGUGUAAUAUAUACCAAAUGUGUGUAUAAUGUCUGCGGUGUGAGAUCCGUCCGGGCAGCUAAAAUUGAUCGGGCGCCACCACCCAGCAGCAUUGCUACAUGUAGCUUUUGUUUUUGUUUUGUGUAUUGUUUCAUCUUAGGCUUUGGUUGUUCUUGUAAGCUUUGGAUUGUGGUCAAACAAAAACUAUCUUACGAUAAGUGCGAAGAAAUCAAAUUAUCUUACUUUGUUGUGUACAUAAGCAAACUGAAAAUAAAACAAACACAAAACUCAA